UCAUGUUGUCACGUUGUCAGUUCGCCAGUUCGCGCAGUACAGAUGUGCAUUUAUCUUUGUAUAGAAUUUUCUGUAGCAAAUUAUUUGAUAAUAUUUGUACAUUCAUGCUAUUCAAAUAUGUUAAACUUUCUUUUGUUUGAAAAUGUAUUGUUUCAUGCAGAAUAACUGUAAUUGCCAUUCAAUAAUUGACAGAAAGUAACGUAACCUGAAAGUCAUUCUGUCAUAUUUAUUUGAUACGUCACAUAUUUAUAAUAUAGCACUAUGAUAGAGGCGAAAAAGAAGAUAAUUCAAAAAUUCAAUACAGAAUUGGGUUCUGAUUUGAAAGGAUUCGAGAAAAUAUACGAGUUUCAUCAAAAUCUUAAUAUACAGAAAAAUGAAAUCGAAAAAUCGUUAUCAAUGGCAUCGUCUGAAGCUCCCUCGAAAGUGAAAGUAGUCGUAGAAACUGUUGAAACAAUAGGUAUUGUCUUUGAACAAUUAGAAAAAUCUUCUGUGGAAUUCAGAAAUCACAUAAAAAAUGCGAUGCAUGAAACUGAUAAAAGUAUAGAUAUGCAAAUAAUUAUUAAUACAAUAAGUACUUUGGAUAAGUCUUUAGCAUAUUUGAGUUUCAUAAAACAUGUCGAAAGCAUCAGUGAUAAAGUUCAAACAUCAUUAGCUGCUGGUGAUGAUGAAUCAACUAUUUCAUUGUACACAAAUCUUACAGAUAUUAAUUGUCAAUUGCAACUAUCAUCCUGUCAUCAUCUUGUGAAUUAUGUAAGAGAAACACUUCACUUUUGGCACAACCUCAUAAAGGAUAAGCUAUCUAAGGAAUACAAUGAUAUAUUAAAGGCAUUGAAGUGGCCAUUUUGUAGCAAUAAUUCAAAUUUGCCCAACACACCCAUGGCAGAGACUUUAACAAAAUUCAAAAUACUUACAGAAUAUUUGUUGCAUUUACAAUUACCAGAAGAAUCUGUUAAGCCAGUUGUGACUUCAGUGUUGUUAACUGAUUUUGCACCAGUCAGUUUACCAAUUUCAUUGCUUGCACGGCCUCUCAGACAAAGAUUUAUAUAUCAUUUCACAGGUGCUAAAUUAACAAACCGUCAAGACAAACCAGAAUGGUUUUUUACUCAAAUCUUAACAUGGAUUAAAAAUCAUAUUCAAUGGGUUCAAAAACAUGUUCAACCAGUAGCAAAUUCGAUAGGUUUUAGUCAUGUAGAUAUGAAGGUAGAAUUUAUGCAGACCUUGGUUCAACUAGCUGUUGAGAAACUUCAUUCUGAAUUAAAAAUAGUGCAAUACGAUGAUGUUUUAUUUGCACAUUUGGUGGAUGAAGCUUUAGGUUUUGAAAGAGAAUUGAGGGAGACAUUAUUAUAUCCGCCGACGCAACCAGCCACAGUUUUUGUUCUUACCCAAGCUCAUGUUUUUGUGAAGUGGAUUAAUAUGGAGAAAAAAUACGCUACUGAGAAAAUGGAUGCAAUUUUAAGUUCAAGUACUGCUUGGGAUAAACUAUCAAAUUCUGAUACCGAUGAUAUGAAAGUAACUGAAUGUGCAGAUGCUUUCCUCACUCUUCUUACAACAAUCUCUGAUAGAUACAAACACUUACCUCAACCAGGACACAGGUUACAAUUUUUGGAGCUACAACUUGAAUUAAUUGAUGAUUGGAGAAUACGACUACUUCAGUUAUUACAUGAAACUAACGAAGAUCCUUUAACAUCUCUCAUGCCUUGUAUUCUUAAUACUUUACACUAUGUUGCGACUGUCCUAGAAGAAUGGGGUGUUACAGUGCAUUUUUUGCAACUAUAUUUUUUUAAGAAACAAUUUGAAGCAGUUGAAUCUGCAACAUUAGAAGGAAGUAAUAUUGAUAAUACUGUAGGUGAUGUAGAAGGUUCUGUGUUCGAUGAAGCUAUUGCUCUUUUAAGAAGAUUAGAAAAGGAAUUAAUAAAUGAAAUUAGCGAUGCUGUAGCUUUAGAUGUUAAAGCAAAAAGCAGACCUUAUNUUCUUCACAGGUGGUUUGCCAUGCAGUCUACCAAAGAAGUUGUUUCUUUGUCAGUUACUUCAAGUGGAUAUUCAAUGUUCCAAAAAUUAGCCACACAGCUUAAUCAGUUGUACAAUACACUUGCAUUGCCAUUAUUUAACCAGGCUUGCAAAAACUUGGCCUUACAGUUUGAUCAAUUCCUUCUAGAAGAAGUUGUUUUGGUAAAUCAUUUCAACACAGGAGGAGCUGAACAACUGGAAUAUGAUAUUUUUCGGAGCUUGUUCCCAUUAUUUGGCUUAUAUAUAAAUAAGCCAGAGUCCUACUUCCCAUUGAUCAAAGAAGCGUGUAUUUUAUUAAAUAUUCUAUUGGGCUCAGCGAUGUUACUGCUAGAGGCUCUAAACAGCAAUAACGAAAUUAUAGAAAAAGAGAUAUUAGCGGAUAUUGGUGUUCACAAAAUGUCUUCUGAUCUUGCUUUAAAAGUGCUCGGAACAAGAACUGAUAUUGCUUAUAUAUAAGGCCUGGAUUAUGAUCACUGUUUUCUUCAACUAUUUCAUUAUUAUCAUUAUUAUAUGGAUAUAAAGUACUACAUACCGUCCUUGUAUAAAUUACAAAUACUUACUUCAUAUGAAAUUUCAGUUUUCCGUCCAGUGCACUCCAUACCGCAAUCGUCUCAUCUAGCGAAGAACUAACUAUAGUGGUUUCAUUUAUUGUCUCUAGCUGUAGUAUCUAGAGAAAUAUGAAUUAUAUAAGCAUUUGAAAAAUUAACGUUUACUCUAGCAAAUAACCCUCCCAAGUCGCUCCUACAUGAUUUUGAUGAAAUUGUUCUGUACAUGUAAAUUCAAUAACGUGUAACAGUUAACGAUACCAGAAGAUUAAGACGUUUAAGUUGAAGAGGCGCAAUCACUGAAAGCUCCGUUUGAGCUUUCGGUGAACUAGGAAGUUUCAUCAAAAUUGGCGAGGACGGUAGGCGAUUUAGUGGUGUUCCGCGUAACUAACUUACUUCGCAUUCAUGACCCUUCCAAGAUGCAAUAAUAAGACCAGUUCGAGUAUCUAAAACUGUUAAAAAUCCUGAUGCUUGACCCAAGGCUACCCAGUAACCGCUAGGUGCUACUGCUAUGCAUCUAAUUAAACCGGUUGGAUUCACGGAUACCUGAAAAAAAAAUCAGUCCCAUCUUAGCAAGUGUAUACUUGUAUGCAGUACAAGUAUAUCCACAUAUAUACCUAUAACAUGGUCAUUUUCAGUGAUUCCAAUUGUCAGUAAUACGUACUUUCAUUUCGUUGACAUAUUGAAAAGUUCUGCAAUCUAUGACUCUGAGUGUAAUAUCAGUAGUUCCUACGAGCAACGUCGUAAACGGGGAGGGACUAGCUAUUAGAGUAUUUACAGGAACUGGUCGAGAGUUUUCUGGACAUCCAAGAAGAGAUCCCAUAAAAGGAUCCCAACAAUGUAUUGUGCCAUCGCAAGUGACCGCGUAUCUUAACGAUUCUAAGAAAGUAAGAGCAAGAAUUGAUUUUUUGUGCCCUGUAUAAGUGUAUUGGCAGGAUGAAACUGUGUUUCCAUCACCCUAGAAAUAUAAUAUAUUCUUAGAAAAACCA